AUGAACCCAAAUGAAAAUUCUUCUAGUUCAAGUGAUGAAUUCUUUGAUGAUUAUGUCAACAACAUCAUCGCUGUGAACGAGUGUCUAGAUGAAGAAGAAGAUUACAUAAUCGAGCAAGCUGCUCAAAUGAUUGUUGUCCCAGUUUCAGAAGAAUCCAGCAACAGAAGAAGAUCCUACAAGAAGCUUAAGUAUAUUGAUAGAGAUCGUGAAGCUGCAAACACAAGAUUGAUGAACGAUUACUUUGUUGAUCGUCCGUUAUACCCAGAAUCUAUGUUUCGACGUAGAUUUUGUAUGCGUAGGUCUCUAUUCAUGCGAGUUGUGGAUGCAGUUACUGCUAAACGACCUAAAUACUUCGAGCAACGUCAAGAUGCUACUGGGAAACUAGGAGCCACUAAUAUCCAGAAAUGCACAGCAGCAUUGAGGAUGCUAGCCUAUGGGGUAGCAGCUGAUUCAAUUGAUGAGUACAUCAAAAUUGCCCAGUCAACUGCAAAAGAAAGCCUUGCUCACUUUGUUAAAGGGGUUCGAGAAGCGUUCACGGAAGAGUACUUGAGGAGGCCUACCAUUAUAGAUUUGCAGCGCCUCCUAUAUGAUGGAGAAAGACGGGGUUUUCCGGGCAUGAUGGGCAGUAUAGAUUGCAUGCAUUGGCAAUGGAAAAACUGUCCCCGUUCUUGGAAAGGAUUAUACCAAGGAAGGAGUAAAACUGCAACGGUUAUAUUAGAAGCUGUUGCCUCAGGUGACUUAUGGAUAUGGCACGCAUUUUUUGGAACACCUGGAACUUGCAAUGACAUCAACGUGUUGCAACGAUCUCCGGUGUUUGAUGAUUUAUAUCAAGGUAAAGCCCCUCAAAUGAACUUUACAGUCAAUGGUAACACAUAUAACAAAGGAUACUAUCUAACUGAUGGGAUAUAUCCUAAGUGGGUCGUGUUCAUCCCAGCGAUUCGACUCCCAAUGAAUCCCGUGGAUCAAUUGUUCACUGAGCGACAAGAAUCGGUCCGAAAAGAUGUUGAGUGGGCCUUUGGUGUUCUUCAAUCACGUUUCGCAAUAAUACAAAGACCAGCUCUUGUAUGGGAUGAAACGUUGUUGUGGGAGAUAAUGCUGGCUUGUAUAAUUCUUCAUAAUAUGAUUGUUGAGGAUGAACGAGAUACAUAUCAGAAUUAUGGUGACAUGUCAGAAUUCGAGCAAGAAAAUGCAACAGCAAUUAGCGGAUCAACGCGUACAAACUAUUCUGUGCAACAUGGUCGAAUUAAUGAUAUUGGAAUGGAACGAUAUAUGGAAAGGCGAGCUGAUGCAUGGGAUAGAAAUGUGCACAACGCUUUACAAAGAGACUUGGUUCAACAUAUUUGGCAAAUUAAUCACCAGUCUACUGAUGAUGAUUGA